ACGACGGUAGUAUUGUAUAUUCCUUAAGCCAAUUGUUUAUAUUGCAAGACCUAGAGAUUGUGCGUCCACCAUUGCCAUUUGAUAUGGAGAGCGAGUAUUUGGUUCAUUUGGGGAACCGUGACUUUUUCCAUGUCAAGACUGGUCGUUGCUUUGACACGGCUCAAUAUCUUUGUAUCACCACAUUUCAAAUUGUUGUUGGAGAAGGAGAAAGAUAUAUGAUCAAGACCAUAAAUUCAACUGUUCAUUCUGUGGAUCUAGAGUGCGCUGAAUAUUUCAAUCUUGUUUUUUGCUUCAUGCCUGAGUGUGGGGAUUAUGAACCUAUAGAAGAUAAGAGUGUGACUAGUAUGAAUCAGCCAAAACAAGAAGAAACCAUUCUGGAAAAUGGCAAAGAAAGAAACCAGGCAUGGAAUAGAUGUGAGGCAGCCAGAAUUAAAAUCCGUGAGGAAGAUGGAAGAUUAGAUGCCAGGCAUCGUGAAAGAGUCUAUUUUGGGCGAACUGGCAUCUCGUUGUUGUAAAAGGAAUGUGAAAUGUGAAAA